UCGGGUUUUGAGGAGAGAGGGGAGCGGGGGUGGCGGUGGGCUGGGCCGGGGCGGCCGGGUGGAUGGCAUGAGCCGGUUGCCGCCCGGAUGGUCCCGGCUCGGAGACUGCACCUCGUCGUCGACGCGCCGCAUGGCCAUGCCGCCCGCUGCGACGUCGGCGUGACGGCGCCGCCGCCGGAGCCGGACGCGAGGUUUAUGGCGCAGGAGCCCAUCAACCAGCAGCAGCAGCACCACGACCCGCCCAAGCCGCCGCAGGAGCAGCCUCAGCAGGAGAGGAUCCAGGACGAUCACCGAAGGGAGCCGACGCCGACGCAGCCGCAGAGGCUCCAGCUGCAGCUCGGCGCCGGGGACCACCACCAGCAGGAGGCCGGCACCAGCGGGAGCAGCAGCGGCGGGAGCACCAGCAACGGCGUGGGCGGUGGAGGAGGCAACGGCGCCAGGGACUGGCUCCGCCUCAGCCUCGCUCCGGCAUCCCCGGCCGCAUCGGGAUCAGGCUCCGACAUCGACCUCUUCACUUCGACGUCCGACCACCGCGCCACCACCACCACGCCGCUGCCGCUGCGCCACCACCACCAUGACAUGCUCGUCCUCCCCGGCAUGCCGCCGGGGCCGCCGUUCCUCCGCCCCGCCAUGCCCGGCAUUCCGCAGGCGUCGAUACCUCCGCACAUGCCGCGCGCCGCCCCGCCCUGGCUUCCGCCGUGGGGCCCCGUCGCCGGGGCCGCCUCGGCCGCGGCGCCGCCGCAUCCUCUCCUCCCGUUCGCGCACCGCGCGUUCUACGCGGCGCCGCCCAGCAACUCCGCCUCCGCCUUCGACACGAUCAGGGUCGUCCUCCCGCCGUCCGCCGUGGCAGCCGCCGCCGGCGUCUGGUUCGUGCUCCAGGCCGCGCCCCACCAAGGGAGGGAGCCAUUCUUGCCUCAGAUUCCAAGGAGCUACUUACGGAUCAAGGAUGGGAGGGUGACAGUCAGGCUGCUGACCAAGUACCUGGUUAACAAGCUUGGAUUGGAGGAUGAAUCAGAGGUGGAAAUCACAUGCAGAGGGAGACAGCUUCUCCCGAUCCUGACAUUGCAGCAUGUCCGUGACAGUAUCUGGUGCCAGAGAGACGCCGUGUCACCGUCGUUUGUGCCGGACGUAUCAACCGCUGACCACAUCAUGGUUUUGCAGUAUGGCAGAAGGCCGUAGUAGACAGCUCUUCUUCCUCUGAUGACACUCACAGAAUUGUAGAUUCUACUCCCCUCCCUCUCUCCUGACCAUUUUGCCGGCAAAAAACGGUGACGGUGGCCGACAAGAAACAAAAUAGGUGGAAUGAUGGAUGAGAAUCCCUGACCGCCUCGAGCUCGAUCGCGCGGUGCUACUGAUAUAUGAUUAUGAACAGUGGAAUGGAAGAGAAGGUGUGGGAUGGAAUUUUUUUUUCCCUUUAAUUUCUUCCCCCUGACAUUUGUCGCGGUAAAUUCAUCGGCGCACCGGAGGCGGUUUUCUUAGUCCACCCCUUUUGUAUACCGGCUUGUUUUCUCACAAAUGAAAUUGUGGGAGAAAACAGCUUGGAAGUUGCCUGACAGGAUUGGACCAAAUUUGUGAGGAGGGUGCAACUUCCAAGCCAUUUUGGCCCCUUCAGUUCAUCUGAUUUACUAAUUUCAGAAUUCAGCUGUCACAUUUUGUUGUCUUCUGCUUGCUUCUGUUCUUUGUUGUUGGAGGCAGAGCCAAAUGUUCCCCCUUAGUAAAACACCUCAAGGGAGCAAAUUUGAGCCCCUUUUACUGAGCAUUUUAUUUGUUCAUGACCUUACCCUGAAGAAUUGUUGAUUUUUAGUUGAGUGGUUUGUGUCACAGCAGCUCUGUUGCUUUACACAUUUUGAAGCAUCUGUCUAUCAAUUCAGAAAUCUGUCAGUUGUCCUGCCUUUUGUUCUCAGUGCAAAACUUAAAAAGCAACUCUGGACUGUAAACUGCCUUUUGUUCAUGACU